AUGUCAAGCAAUAACUUGACGCCCUUCAGCAACUCGAGCGGACCCCCAGUUACGCACGUCAGCUGCGUGUAUGCGGUGUCUGGUACCUACGGCCUUCUCCCGCGGAUUCUCUACUACGUGACGCUUGUCUUUGCCAUCUUCGGCCGUCGCUCCGAAUGGCUCGUCAUUGGCGCCCUGGUCAGCGCACUCACCUACGCAGGAACGGCGGCAAUCCACAUCAUGGCGCUCGUGACAUCCAAAGCGGACGUUUUUGAUCUCGACAUCAUGGCUGCCUGGGCGGUCCUCUCCACCGGCGCUCUGGCCUAUAUCGGGAUCAUCCAUUGGAGUUCGACACUAAGAGACUCGCGGGCGAGGGUCGUGAUGAUCUGCUGGGGUAUCUUGGUUGGCAUCGGCCUGGUGUUUGGAAGGGCCGAGUUGUUCGACACGGAGUUGACAUCCCCCGAACCAGCCUGUUACUCCGCGACAGGGACGUUGUUAGAGUCCCCAUUGCAGCUGAUCGACCCGGGAUUCAACUGCACGUACAAGUGCUUUGACGUGGCGAAGCCGAUGAGAACAAAAUCCGAGAUCCUGGCCGUUCCGCAACGCGUGUUGGACAAUUCACGAUACAAGACGCUCACCUAUGUUCUUGUGGGACCCGUCCAGUUUGCCGCCUACGCGGCGCUGAGCAUCGACGCGCAGGAACACACGCCUUCGCAGGCCUGCGUGAAGAUCGUCAUGAGCUACAUGAUCCAGCCGGGCCAUCGCGAGCAGUUCGCAAAGACGGUCUACAAGGCCAGCAUGGAGAAGUGGUACGGCGGGUACUUUGCCCUUUUGGGGUAUGUGCGGCGGUCGCGGUGGACCUACAAAAAGUGGUUGAUCUGCGGGUUCCUUCUGCCCUGGUUGUUUUUGGGCCUCGUCAUUGAUAUCCUGUGUCUGCCGCUGAUGGUGAUCAACGUUGUCUUCAACGAGGUCACGCUGCUGGAGGGCGGGUACCCGACCAACGAGGCGGACAUUGCCAUCGGGCAGUGGGGUCCGAUUGUGAACUCAAUGUUGGUGCUCAUCGCGGCCUUGAUCAACAAGGGCAUGGAAGUCUGGGAGAGGAGGAAGAAGGCGAAGAAGAAGCUCGACAGUGUGGUAGCAGACACGGACGUUGAAUCAAAUGCCACGAAGAAUGAACUGGCCACGGACAGCGCCCAGGAGGUCGGCGUGGUCAAACCCAAAUUGGCGCACGUUCAGACUCUACAGGAUAUGGAGGAUCUGAUGAACCGGUCCAAGUACUGCGUAUAA